AUGAGUUUUUCGGAUCUGUCGUGGGAGUCUCUCGGAUCUUCACCAGUCUAUCCCAAAGCUGCGGAUGUCUAUCUGUAUCUUGAGGAAUACUUCAAGCGGUACAUUCCUGUGAGAACUGUAUGCUUCCGCACUGCUGUCAAGAAGGUGGAACGGAUACCAGACGAGCCCGUAGCCGGCGGCAAUCGCUGGAAGUUGCAUCUUCAUGAGACAACCGCAGACGGAGGCUCGAUUGAAUUCAGUAGGACUUUUGACUACCUGGUAGCUGCGCCCGGAUUCUAUAAUAUCCCCAAGAUGCCGCGGUCCGGGGACUUAAACAUUCCGGUGCUGCACAGCACUCGGUACCGAACCCUAGAGGACAUUGAUCAAAGGUUGCCCACCACAGACAGGGAGCGCGUGAUACUAGUAGUGGGAGGCUCACAUUCGGGCGGAGAUAUUGCUGCCUCGAUAGCGCUCCAGCUUUCGGAUGCGCAGUACUCUCCUACAUCUUCUGGCUCCCAUCGCGCAGAAUGGAAAAAUACUCGGAUUGUACAUGUUAGCUCGCACGAAAUGUUCGCUCUGCCAGCGUUCGUACAAGACUUGCGUGCCCCCUCCUGCACCUUCCAGCCAGUUGAUUUUACCUUGUUCAACCGUUCUAGCAGGCCCAGUGUGGGCUUGGUAACUCCAGAAAAAGUAAAAGCCUCACGCAAGAUGAUUCACACCAUCAGCGAUGGAGACGAAGGGUAUGUUGACACUCGCGAAACAGACGAACUGGCACCGAUCGGAAUUUUGGGGGACUCUUAUCCACAAUUCGUCAAAGCAGGACGCAUCGCGCAGGUCCGUGGGACUCUGUCCCGCCUCCAUCAAGUAGACAAGGGAGACUUGGUCACCGCUACCAUCCAGAAGGUGAAGAAUGACGGCAACUUCGCCGUCCACAAUGUGUGCGCAGUCAUACAAGCCACUGGGUUCGACACGGCUUCAUCGCUUGCAUUCCUCUCCCCUCAGACCAAGAUGGCUCUCGAUCACGAUCCAACAUGCUCCCCAGCGCCCUUCGUCCUCGACACCAACUUGCUGUCGCAGAACUCAUCACUGCCCACACUCGGGCUUGUCGGGUACCCAGGUGCCUACUGGCCUCUGUUCGAGAUGCAAGCGCGCGCCAUCGUCAAGGCUUGGACCUCGCCGUCUUUACCUGAGCUCACCAACACGCCCAGUCACGUUGAACAAAGGUCUAAGCUGCGAAGAUACUAUGCGGACUUGCGAAGGACCUUCAAAGAGGGCAGAAAAGAUGAAGUACCGCAUAACCCUUUUGGCGACUCUCUCGGCGCGCUUGAACAAGCCAGUCGUGAGCUUGACCUCGAACGCUUCGACUUGGGUUUCUCAGAGGCAGAAGGUUUCGUGUGCGCGGCGCGGUACACGGAGCCCGGUAGCGACAAGACAGAAGCCAUGAAGACGUUAAUGGAAGUACAAAGAGUGCGGAGGGGAGGGCAGCAGGGUAGCUUUCUGGCCAGAGCGGUCGCUCGUGGCUUGAUGGGGAAGUGGGUCGCAGCUGGGCAGAUACCUAAUGGUGAGAUCAAGGUCGUGCAGCUAUCCUUUUAUCCUAGGUACCCAACAGAUGAGGCAUUUGACUGGGAGUAUGUCGCGGUGAGUGAAGAGCAUGGGGAGACAAUGCGCAAAGUUUACCGAUACUCAGAGGCUGCUGACUGCAUUACUGUAUGGACCGUAGCAGAGGACGGGUUCAGGACAGGCAUACCGGAGUACACGUUCCAGUUCAAACAUGCUCAGCAGGAGCAUGGAAAGCAUACGGCAGUGGCCGUGCUGGUCCCAUCGUCAAGUCAAGGGGAAAGCGUGGACGGAUUGGGGGUCUUCCGGUUCCACUUUGCUGGGUCUUCAUUGAAGACUUGGACAAUCAAAAAUCCGGAUGGACCGUUCACGUUCGCUGAACUGAACUUUGUUCGCGUCGGCCUAGGGCAGCAUCGCUAA